AAUUAGCGUAAUGACGUCGAGAGUACAACAAAGACAUCAGAUUAAACCAUGCAAACUCUUCUAAUCCUUUCUCUUUUGAUCAUAUGCUUCAUCUCCAGUUGCACCGCUGAUGGAACCCAACUUCUAGUUGUGAACAACUGCAAACAGAGCAUAUGGCCCGGAAUUCUCGGAAACGCCGGGCACGAGACGCUGGAAAAAGGCGGUUUCCACCUCCCCGUCGGUCAUCAGACCGUCAUUAAUCUCCCCGAAAGAUGGUCGGGGAGAUUAUGGCCCAGACACGGCUGUUCCUUUGACAGGAACGGCCAAGGCUCGUGCCAGACAGGAGACUGCGCUGGCAUGCUCCAUUGCGCUGGAACGGGUGGAACGCCACCGGCGACCCUCGUGGAGAUGACGAUGGGGACCUCAACGAACGAGAAGCACUACUAUGACGUUAGUUUGGUCGACGGGUUCAACGUCCCCGUCUCCAUGAUCCCGGUGGGCGGAGGCAGCGGCUGCGGCGUGGCGGCGUGUGAGAUGGAUCUGAACGUUUUGUGCCCGAAGAACAUGUCUGUGGUGUUGCAUGGGAAGGUGGUGGGGUGCAAGAGCGCGUGUUUAGCUACUAAGAAUCCUAAGUAUUGCUGUACAGAGGAAUUUGCAGACAAGAAUGUGUGUAAACCGUCGGUUUUCUCGAAUCUGUUCAAGAAUGUUUGUCCGCGUGCUUAUAGCUAUGCUUAUGAUGAAUCUUCUGGGCUGAAGAACUGCAAAGCACCGCGUUAUGUGGUUACAUUCUGCCCCCAGAAUUGAAGAAGUGAAGAAGAAUUAACGUAUUUGCUUUCUGGGGUUUAAUUUCCUGUUUGGAUAUUUAUGUGAUUAACGUACUUUGAUUUAUCUGAUACACCCUGGAUUUAUGUUACUCUCUUUUGAUUUAAUUUAAGUUUCGAAUCUGGAUAUAUUGGUGCCGUUGGGUCGUAAAAAGAUUUUUGUGAAUCUUUUGCACGAAUUAUUUUAACAGAAAAAAUAAAUAAGAUUGAAAUUUGAGAUUGGG